UUUUCGUAAUUGACAAAUCACUUCGCCUCGGCCCCUCCCAUCGCCAAUUGCCCUCCAAAUUCAGUCUUCCCGCUGCAAUCUCAACCCAUAUGGCGACAAUGGUACUUUUCUGAAUUAUCCGUCAAAUCUCUGCUUGCCUUUGCCUUGUACCCAUUGGAAAUCCACCUGAUCAUCCCUUGCUGCAAUCCUCGACGCUCUUGAUCUCCCUGUCGUUUGUUUCUUUGUGUGUGGCGAAAACCCAACAAAAACAAAGAUCGGGAACUAAUUUUGCUUUUUUCUCUGUGAAUCACAAAAAACGUUUGUGUCUCUUGUUUCCUUUCAAUUUUUGCUGGACUUGAAAACUUUUUUUUGUCCACAGACUUCGACCAUUGUCAAGUCAGCAGAAAACCUCUCAGCCAUCAAGGUACACGCCCGACCAGCACCCUUGAACCAUGCGGUCGACAUCUUCAUCCUCGGCGUCCGGUCGCGGAUCUGGUAGCUCACGCGCUCCGUCCCGACUGCCUGAUAGCGUCCCUUCGUCUCCUCCACCUGAAGAGCCACUAGCCCGACAGCAAGAAGACAUCAUGAUGGACGACUCAAAGAUGAGCUACACAAAGUUGCGCGCCGAGCAAAGGCUUGCCGAGGAAGAGGAAAAGGCUCGCGUCGAAAACGAAAAGGCAGAGGAAAGGCGCAAAAAGAAGUGGAAAAAGAAGGUUCUGAGCAAAGAGGAGCGCGAUGCAAAGGCAAAGGAUCUGGACCGGCUUCUUGCUCAGAGUGCAGCUUUCAGCAGCAUCCUGACUAACAAGACAAAGGUUCUUGGUCGUGUGGGAACUGGUCUGGAUGGAAAGACCCUUGGUGAACAUGAGUUGGCCAUGGCAAAACAGCCCAAAUGCGUUGUCGGCGGUACCAUGAGAGACUACCAACUGGAGGGACUGACAUGGAUGUAUGAGAUUUGCGUCCAGGGCAUGUCUGGCAUCCUGGCUGACGAAAUGGGCUUGGGCAAAACUGUCCAAACCAUUUCCCUAAUAGCGCUGUUACGUGAGCAGGAGAACUACUUGGGGCCUCACCUUAUAGUUGCUCCCCUCAGCACCUUGUCUAAUUGGAUUGAUGAAUUCCACCGUUGGGUGCCCUCCAUCCCGGUUGUCAUGUAUCAUGGCACCCCUCAAGAGCGGCAGGAUAUCUUCAAAACCAAGCUCAUGCACCAUCUCCACGGCGGCAGACCGACCGAAAAGUUUCCUGUUGUCUGUACAAGCUACGAGAUGGUCCUCAAGGACCGAGCGAAUCUCUCCAAGAUCAACUGGGAGUUUAUCAUCAUCGAUGAGGGUCACCGCAUGAAGAACUUCAACUCAAAACUGUUCAGGGAACUCAAGACAUUCACUUCAGCCACCCGUAUCCUUAUGACCGGCACCCCAUUACAGAACAAUCUGAAGGAGCUUUGGUCACUUCUAAAUUUCCUCUUACCAAAGAUCUUUAGAGAUUGGGAGGCCUUCGAAAGUUGGUUCGAUUUCAGCGACCUUGAAGAUGAGGAAGGAACUGAGGAGUUUAUCGCCGACAAGACCAAGCAGGAGCUUGUAAAAAAGAUGCACGUGGUCCUUCAGCCCUUACUUUUGCGGCGAGUAAAAUCUGAUGUUGCCAAAUACUUACCAAAGAAGCGCGAAUAUGUCUUGUACGCGCCCAUGACGAAGGAGCAAACCGAUUUGUACAACGUCAUCAACGAUAAACAUAUUGAUACCCGGUCAUAUCUGGAGAGUAAGGUAGUCGAGCGCCUUACUGGAGCCACAGCCAGCACCGCAUCAUCACCAAGGAGUACCUCUCGCUCUUCCAAGGCAAACAGCGUGAAGAUGGAGUCUGAUAGUCUCAGCGAAUCAGGAAGCUUCACGACCAAGACCAGCGCACUUACUCUCCAGGAAAAGGAAUCAAGCCCGCUAGCCAAGAAUGCUUUUGCACUAAUGAUGGGCAAACGGACACGGGGUCGUCCGCGCAAGGCUCUUUCUGUGUCCGAAUCUCCUGCGGAAGAGACAACGCCAGUCAAAUCCACCACAAAAGGCACAAAGAGGAAGGCCGCACCGGCUGUAGAGACUCCGGCACCAAAGAGCACAAAGUCAAGCAGACAGUCUACGCCUAUGAGCACUCGGAGCCGGAGUCGGCGAGGAAUGCGGUCGUACAAAGAAGCAGACUCUGACGAGGAGCUCCUCGAUGACGAUGAGUUCGAGAAGAAGCUGGCCAAAGAGGUCGUAGAGGACGAUGUCCAAGACAUGGAAGUUGAUCUCGACGCCGAGGAGAUUAAGCGCGCCCAAACUCUUGAUCUAGCCAAGAAGGAAAUUUCCAACAAGAAGCUCGGAAACCCACUUAUGCAACUCCGCCUCGUCUGCAACAGUCCGCAUAACUUCUACAAUCCCUGGUCCAACUCGGACCAGCCCAUCGACGAGAGCAUCGUCACCGCCUCCGGCAAGAUGCUCUUGCUGGACCGGCUCCUCCCCGCCCUCUUUGAGCGGGGGCACAAGAUCCUCAUCUUCUCCCAAUUCAAGACUCAGCUGGACAUCCUCGAGGAAUACUGCCGCGAGCUACGUUCAUGGGACGUCUGCCGCAUCGACGGUGGCGUUGCCCAGGACGACCGGCGAGCGCAAAUCGAGCAGUUCAACACGGAUCCGGACGUCAAGAUCUUCCUGCUGUCUACCCGCGCCGGUGGGCAGGGUAUUAACCUUGCCAGCGCCGACACGGUUAUCUUGUUCGACAGCGACUGGAACCCGCAGCAGGACCUGCAGGCGCAGGACCGGUGUCAUCGUAUCGGACAAACGCGGCCCGUGGUAGUGUACCGGCUGGCCACCAAGGGCACAGUGGAGGAGGAGCUGCUUAUGAGUGCGGACGCCAAGCGCCGGCUCGAGAAGCUGGUCAUCAAGAAGGGCGGGUUUAAGACUAUGGGCCAGAAGCUGGACCUGCGCGAGGAGGGACUGGAUCGGGAGACGCUGCGUGCGCUGCUGCUGAAAGAUGGGCAGGUUUACAAGUUCAGCGGCGACAAGGAGAUUCUGAGCGACGAAGAUUUGCGGGUGUUGUGUGACCGGAGUGAUGAGGCUUAUGCGAGCGCGGCGAAGGGUGAGGGCAAUGCUGAUGGGUGGAAGGUUAUUGAGACGCAGGCGGAGGGGAUUAGAACGGCGGGUGAGAAGAAAAAGAGGUGAUGUGGUGCUCGUGAUUGCCUAUCACUCCUUGGAAUAAAUCACAGUUGAAUAUAUCCAUGAACAGGA